UUAAUUUGAUUUCAUUUUGUUGCGUUAUAAAGUUAAUUUGCAAAAUUAAUUUUCAUUCAGUUGGCUGUGAUUAUUUGGAAAGAAUGUUGGUGUUAUUAGUUAUUUGUGGAAUAUUCGCUAGCAGCCGUUUAGCUGAAAGCGCUUAUUCACCACGCAUUGUUGGUGGUCAAACGGCUAAAAUAGAGAAUUUCAAAUGGCAAGCCGCACUAUUGGAGGACUCAACAUUUUUCUGUGGCGGGAGCAUAAUCUCUCCAACAAAAAUACUAUCAGCUGCCCAUUGUACGGAGAACAUAAUUUACUAUAAUAAACUGAAGGCUCGUGUUGGUUCAACGAAUCCAACUGCAGGAGGAGUUAUAAAAUCAAUUGUUAAAAUCCGUUCACAUCCUGACUAUAAUCGACCCACCAGCAUGAAUAAUGAUAUUGCGAUAUUUUUCCUCGGUGAAUCGCUGGUGUUUGAUGCAACCAUUGGUAGAAUACCUUUGGCAGGAAGCAGCGUAUCAUUAUCACCAGGUGUAUCAGUUGUUGCUUCUGGUUUUGGAGCUACAACACCAGAGAGCACUAAACCGGAUGUCUUGCACUCGGUUUCUGUACCGAUCGUUGACUAUGAUCAAUGUUAUAAGGCAUAUAAAAGUUACAAAGGACCGGGAAAACUCACCAAAAACAUGAUAUGCGCUGGUUUUUAUGGAGUGGGUGGAAAAGAUGCGUGUAAAGGUGAUUCGGGAGGUCCGCUAGUUUACGAUUCGGGCGGUUCAGGUACAAUUUUGUAUGGUGUCAUUUCAUGGGGAGCCAAGUGCGGCGAUCCAAAUUACCCUGGAGUCUACGCAAAGGUAUCGGUUUAUCGGGAUUGGAUUAAUAAUGCUAAUUAAUAGUUAAUCAAAGACUGAAGAACCGUUGUGAAAUAGACCGAUUCGAGAUCUUUCAGCAGUAAAUAAAUAUUUUGUGCGUGAUAAAAAUGAAA